UACCGAUUGGUGACCGCUUCGGCCUUUUGCUCCGGUGCUGCAUCUUCGGCUGCUGUGAGCUGCUGCAAAGCGGACGAGUUGCAUUGGCGUCGACGGGAUGACAUGAAAUCAACAACAACAACAACAGCAACAGCAUAUUUUAUGCGCGCGUGCUGUGAUCGACGGAGAUGACACGUAAACAGAAGAUUGUGUUUGUUUUGUGCAGCAAUGAGGCAGGGGGUGGAUAGUCGCCACAGAGACGCUGGGCUCCGGCCAAACAUCUCUGCGUUUUAGCACCUAUUCUAUGCUCCGCAUUUGCAUUUGCUGCAUCGCUGAUCGACCGUGUUCUCUGUUCUCCAUUUUUUUUUUUUUUUUUUUUUUUUUGGUGUGCAAAGUGCAUGGUGGAUGGAAGAUGCAGUUGCAUUGAGGACACCCCCCCCUCAGGAUAUCAAUUCCUGCCAUGACAGGCAGAGGUCUGGUCUCGACCGCGGUGGUUCGGCCGGCUGGAGAAGAGGCAGAUUGAUUCGGGACGGUGGGUCAUAUCAGCGGAUGUUAUUCUGCCGGUGGAGCCUGUAAAAAAAAACAAAUAAAAAAAAAAAACUGCUCAGUCAAAAACACACCCGCGAUUGUCACUCAGGGAAAAGCGAAGAGAAAACAUGUCCUCUCGAUCUGCAUUACCGUCUGGAAACGACAGGAGUACUGGCGACCAUCAUGUGUUGCUGGGGGCCAGCCGUUCUGACAAGGCUACAAGUCAGUCCAGCCGUUCGCUUGGCGCCCGGUGCAGGAACUCUAUCGCCUCCUGCUCUGACGAGCAGCCACACAUCGGCAACUAUCGUUUACUCAAGACCAUCGGGAAGGGAAAUUUUGCCAAGGUCAAGUUGGCACGCCACAUCCUGACAGGCAGAGAGGUCGCAAUAAAAAUCAUAGACAAAACUCAGUUGAAUCCAACCAGCCUACAAAAGCUCUUUCGGGAGGUACGAAUAAUGAAAGGCUUAAAUCACCCCAACAUAGUGCAGCUGUUCGAGGUGAUUGAGACAGAUAAGACCCUUUACCUGAUCAUGGAGUAUGCUAGUGGAGGUGAAGUGUUUGACUACCUCGUGUCUCAUGGAAGAAUGAAGGAGGUUGAAGCCAGAGCCAAAUUUCGACAGAUUGUUUCUGCUGUCCACUAUUGCCACACUAAGAAUAUUGUCCACAGAGAUUUGAAGGCGGAGAAUCUUCUGCUGGAUGCUGACGCCAAUAUCAAGAUCGCCGAUUUCGGUUUCAGCAAUGAAUUCACACUGGGUAACAAACUGGACACGUUCUGCGGCUCGCCGCCCUACGCUGCCCCCGAACUUUUCCAGGGAAAGAAAUAUGAUGGACCCGAAGUGGAUGUCUGGAGUCUUGGAGUCAUCCUGUACACACUGGUCAGCGGCUCGCUGCCUUUUGAUGGGCAGAACUUAAAGGAGCUGAGGGAGCGUGUGCUAAGGGGAAAGUACCGCGUUCCCUUUUACAUGUCCACAGACUGUGAAGGGAUCCUUCGUCGAUUCCUGGUGCUCAAUCCCGCCAAACGCUGCACCCUUGAUCAAGUCAUGAAGGACAAGUGGAUAAAUUCAGGGUAUGAGGGUGAGGACCUAAAGCCCCAUAUAGAACCUAUUGAAGACUACAGCGAUCCAGCCCGCAUAGAGGUGAUGGUCGGCAUGGGCUUCACCCCAGAGGAAAUCAAGGACUCUCUGCUCAAUCAGAAAUACAAUGAGGUCACCGCUACCUACUUACUGCUGGGCCGCAAAGGCGAUGAGGGCAGCGAGGCCCGCACAGCCAGUACCCUGUCCUUGGCAAGGGUACGACCCAGCCCUAUAACCAAUGGAACCAACAAACACUCUUCAGCAGCUACAGGCUCCUCUUCCUCCUCCACCUCCUCCUCACACAGUAAGACACAGCGCAGUGCCUCCACUUACCACAGGCAGCGACGACACAGCGACUUCUGCGGGCCUUCCAUGCCCGUCAUGCACCCCAAACGGAGCCCAACAAGCACCGGCGAGCGGGAGCUGCGAGAGGGACGAAUGCCUUCACGUAAGGCCAGUUGCAGCGUGAUGGGAAGCCACAGCCUCCCUCCUUCUAGUCCAAUGGUUAGCAGCGCCAACAACCCCAACAAGUCGGAGAUACCAGACCGCCGUAAAGACAUGACCGCCACCACAAACAACAUCCCUGGAAGCGCUAUGACACGUCGAAACACAUACGUGUGCACGGAUCGCUCAGGGACUGACAGGCACUCUCUCUUGCAGAAUGGCAAAGACAACAGCUCUCUGGGCCACCGCAUGCCUGCAGCGUCUCCCUCCACACUCAGCAUUUCUGGGGCCGGAGCCACAUCUUCCUCUUCUUCGGACCGAUGCCGCUUGACCCGAGGCUCCACAAUCCGCAGCACCUUUCACGGGGGACAGCUGAGGGACCGUGGCCCUCCGAUUUACUCAGCCCCGCCCACUUCACCCACCCUGUCCCACCAUGAUGCCAGCCCGCUGCCCCAUGCUCGCACCAGGGCCACCUCCAACCUCUUCACCAAGCUGACCUCCAAACUCACUCGCAGGGUCACAAAUGAAUCUGAGGGAAUCAGGAGAUUUGCGGUCACAAGUUGCCAUCUACCUGGGUAUCAAAAAGCGUCCGAGCCCAGGGCCGUCGGACGUGGCCGGGAUCUGAGAAGCAGUGGGCGGCGGGACCCUGCGGAGGUUGUACUGGCUCUGCGGGAGGCAGCACUCGGAUGCGACUGCCAGGUGCACCGUGCCGGCCCCUUUCUGCUCUCCUGCACCCAUGGCGUGGCAGGGGGCCGCGUUGCUUUUGAGGCAGAGGUGUGCCAUCUUUCCACGGGCGCCUCUGGGACUUCAAACGGGGUGCGCUAUACACGACUCUGGGGGGCACCACUAGCUUUUCGGGACAUCGCCACCCAAAUAUCCAAGGAUCUUGAACUCUGAGUGGCGGGUGUGGGGAUGUGUCAGUGUGUGUGCGAGUGUUAGAAAGGGUAUUUAUGUGUGGGAAAAGGACAACUUUAGAAUAAUGGAGCAGAGAAGUGGCAAGUGGAAAUACUAACUUCUCUGCCUAGUUUCUUCACAACUACCACACAUGUAGACACACACACACACACACACACACUGAGGAAACCACCCCCCUCACCCCAAGCCACUCCCACACCUCCCUCCAUCCCGUCACCCCACAAAAGCUCAGCUCUCCCCGUUGAGAAACUUCACCCUCUGGACCUGGAUCUGACUGAAUCUAUUUAAAUAUUUUUUACUACUACUACUCUAGCCAUAAUUAUUCUUUUUUAAUGUAUUGCUCUGAUGGUUGUUUUUAUCCAGUAUUAUUUUUACUAGUGCAGAAAAACAUCAUUCAUUGUGUUUGAGUGACCAGCCCGUCCUCUUUUUCAAUAUUGAUAUCUGUUCAUAUUUACAUCCACCAUUCAAUUUUUCCAUACACUUCUGGACAUAACAUAUGGAGAUGGUCUGGCUAUGUGUCAGACAAGCAAUCGAAGUGGGUCGCUUCGAUUAGUCCCCAUCGCUACGUACUACAGUGACGACUGCGCUGGAUUAAGGUCACCGGGAGCAGGGUUGGCCAGUCAGAAUCUGACUAACACUAAUGAGUCUGUGACAUCCUCAUCUUAACGAGGCGGUGGGUUUGUGGCUUCUCAAUCACAUUUCCGGGUGACAGAUGAGCAGAAAAAAAAUGCUUUUGAGUCUCAACAAAGAAGCUGCAGACAGCUCAUUCAAUCAAUAGAAUCUUUUUUUUGUUUGUUUCAAAUGGAAAUGUAUUCAUUAGAUUUUUACAUGCAGUUAUGCCACAAAAUAUUAAUACCCUGGCCAAAUUUGGACUUAAAAGUCCUUUUUAAUUUCAUAUGAAUGCGCCUCAUAACUGCAAAUCAUGCCCGAAAGGGGUAAACGCGACUGUACAAAGUUGUUUUAAGGGAUACUUAAUUAUAACGUCCAUCCAGAGGCGUCUUGGGGGAGGGGGGGGGGGGGGUGAUCGAAGGAAAUUCCCCUGCCCGUGUCAACAUAAAAUUUGGAGGGGGCCCUCUGAAGGAUAAAAUUUGGAAGGGGCCCUCUGAAGGAGCCAAGAAUAUGGUGCUACAUCCUUGCAUCAAUUUUCUGUACUGCUUGUGAGCUGGAGCCUAUCCCAACAUAUUUUGGACAAGAGGAAGGGUAACCCUGGACGGAUUGCAAGUCAAUCACAGACAAAUAUAGACAGAUAACGAUUCACACUAACAUUCACACCUAGGGCUGUAUUUUCAGGACCGGGGUAAAUCCGGCGAGCGACACAAGUGUGUGCCAGGGGUGGGUUAUACGGUAUUGGUACUUUUGUAGACCAGAUCACACCGACCAAUCUGAGAAUGGGUGGGCUGCAUCACUGUGGGCAUGUCUACAGUCGACUUCAUUCUCACAUGGCGACAUCUCUGUGCAGAAGACAACGAUUCGUAAUCUCAGUGAUCCGUGCAAUUGUCACAGCACUUGGUCGGUGUGACAACAGACAGUGUGAGCGGGUACCCUUAAUAAAUACAAUUGAAGCCGGUGGUAACUGCUAGUCACUUAAAUAUGUCCGCAGACUUCAUGUAUCUGUCCCCACCCCCACCUUCCAUAGCUGUUCCAGCCAUGUGGGAUGAUUUAAGAAAAUAUAAUAAUGACAAUGAUAAUAUUAAUAGAAAUCAUGCAUUCAAUUAAUUGUUUUCGACAAUGAUUCAGAAGGUUAGAUGCCCGCUGUUUACAUAUUUAUGAAUGGAAUACAUCUGACAUCCACCAGACUUCCACCAGUCUGCGGAGCUUGCGUAUCCGUCUGCCUGUGCACCCAUCAAAUUCACCAAAAUCGCAUUAGACCAGCUGUGCUAAAAUGUAGAUGUGGUGUAAGUUUAGACUGACUUUCUGCCACCAAAUUGUCACUGCGCCCACAGUUAUGUCAAAGGACACACCUUUGCCUGUCGCAGACUGGUCUGCCAAAUUCGCAAAUGCGCAGCGAGCCUUGCACUUGCACGAAAACUCCAACCGCAGUUCCAGUGAAGUUGGGACCUUGUGUUAAACAUAAAUAAACACAGAAUACAAUGAUUUGCAAAUCAUGUUCAACCUAUAUUUAAUUGAAUACACUACAAAGACAAGAUAUUUAAUGUUCAAACUGAUAAAUUUUAUUGUUUUUAGCAAAUAAUCAUUAACUUAGAAUUUUAUGGCUGCAACACAUUCCAAAAAAGCUGGGACAGGGUCAUGUUUACCACUGUGUUACAUCACCUUCCAAUAAACAUUUGGGAACUGACGACACUAAUUGUUGAAGCUUUGUCAGUGGAAUUGUUUCCCAUUCUUGCUCAAUGCACAGCUUCAGCUGUUCAACAGUCCGGGGUCUCCGUUGUCAUAUUUUAUGCUUCAUAAGGCGACACAUUUUCAAUGUGAGACAGGUCUGGACUGCAGGGAGGCCAGUCUAGUACCCGCACUCUUUUACUACGAAGCCACGCUGUUGUAACACGUGCAGAAUGUGGUUUGGGAUUGUCUUGCUGAAAUAAGCAGGGGCGUCCAUGAAAAAGACGUUGCUUGGAUGGCAGCAUAUGUUUCUCCAAAACCUGUGUGUACCUUUCAGUAUUACUGGUGCCUUCACAUAUGUGUAAGUUACCCGUGCCAUUGGCACUACCACAGCCCCAUACCAUCCCAGAUGCUGACUUUUGAACUUUGCGUCCAUAACAGUCCGGAUGGUUCUUUUCCUCUUUGGCCCAGAGGACACGACAUCCACAAUUUCCCAAAACAACUUGAAAUGUGGACUCAUCGGACCACAGAACACUUUUCCACUUUGCAUCAGUCCAUCUUAGAUGAGCUCGGGCCCAGAGAAGCCGGCGGCGUUUCUGGAUG